AUGGAAGAGACAGACCCAAAGAAGCUGUUCAGCGUGGAGGGGAUGGUGGUGGUCAUCACUGGCGGUGGCACGGGCAUUGGGUUGAUGAUGACAAAGGCGUUUGCCCAUAACGGCGCUGCAAAAGUAUACAUCAUUGGCAGACGCAAGGAGAAGCUCGACGAGGCCGCCAAACUCUCGCCCAACAUCAUCCCCAUUGUGGGCGAUGUUACGUCCAAAGAGUCCUUGCUGCAAGCAGCAGACCAGAUCCAAAAGGAUGCCGGCUUCAUCAACCUGCUCUGCUGCAACUCGGGCAAUAUGCCGCCGCCCGUCGGCCUCGACCCGACCAAGGUGUCGCUGCAGGAGUACCGCAAGAAGGCCCUCGAGCAGAAGACGGAGGAUUGGGUGGACGGCUUUGCCAUCAAUUCCGUCUCUGUUCCAUUCACCACCUUUGCAUUUCUCGAGCUUCUCGAUGCCGGCAACAAGAAGGGCAAUGCGCCCGGGAGAAUGAGCCAGGUGGUUGUCACGAGCUCCAUUGCUGGCUAUCUACGUGUACCGAAGAAUUUUGGCUGUUAUCCGGCUACGAAGGCUGCGACAACACACCUGAUCAAACACCUGUCGGGCGUCCUGGCUUCGUACAACAUCCGGGUGAACGGGAUAGCACCUGGCUUGUUUCCUUCCGAGCUGGCGGCGGGACUGAUUGCCCAGGGCGGUGAUACUGGCAAGGAUCCUACAGAGGACGGGGCGUAUGAGACGAGCUUCAUCCCUGGACAGCGCCUGGGCAGGACGGGCGAUAUGGCGGGUGCGCUGAUCUACUUGGCAUCGGCUGCUGGUGCAUAUAUCAAUGGCAACAUCCAGGUCAUGGAUGGUGGUCGCAUAGGCAUUUUGAACGGCACCUAUUGA